AAUGAAGUUGUAUACCCAGCACUUUAAGUCAAACUGUUGUGCUGCGUUUACAAAAAGGCAUUCUAAGUUUGAAAAAUUGCAAACUGAGUGCAUGUCAUCUUGCUGAGCAUCUUAUCACUGUUCUUGUGUUUCUGAAUAGAUAUCCGUUAUUUCCACCUGAACAAACGGCUUGCAGACGUCACAAUCUCAGUCCUGUUAUUUUUUCUAUGCUUAACAUUGUGGACACCACUUGAUACAAGUGUAUUAUGUACCUAAUCGACUGUUAAGACUGAGUAGAUCCUAAAUAGGUGAUCUUUCUUUCGUCCUUCUUGAAGUGCAAUAACUUUCUAUAUCUGUAUUAGUUAUUUCUCAAACCCUUUAUCGUGAACUGGCCUUCUGUGGAUUUCAUUAGUUUAGUUUAAUUUUCCUCUAAUAAAAAUGACAGUUCCUGACGAGGGUUUGACGUGCGGUCCUUCGUCAACACGCGAGAGUUCGAAACUCAAGGAUGCAGUCCACACAAACUAAAGAUGUCAGCUCGUUGUCACUGUACACUGCUUCUCCAUCGUUUGUACGUUGAAGUCAAAACAUGCAUAAUUCUUUCCAACAAGGACACAACAUGAAUACUUUCUUCGUCUUGCUCGACUAGCCCCGAGCUGAGGCUAAGCCAGCGCGCGAUAAGUUCUCAGGCUAACAUUGGUCACGUGGCCAGGUAACCUCCGAGAGGGGAACCCCCCAGGUGGGACUUCCCAGUCUCUUGAGCUUGGAAUCCGAUCUAACAGAUGGCCGUGCACUGAACGUGUCGAAAAUAAAAAGGACUUCUACUCAUCAUGUCAGCUGUAAUUGCUGUUCGAGAAGACCAAGUGAUGUCACUGUGAAAGCGUGUCCUUGUACUAAAUCAGCCAGAGACACGUUUAUCAGCAUGACAGUUAUGACAAUCUCAGUAAAGUAAACACUUGUUUACACAUGGGGACCAUUGAAGUCGAGGUCCUGACGGGGCUGGUGACCAAUGGUGUGCACGGACAGCGCUGGCCGGACAGUGUGUACGCAGUUGCCUUGUACACAGUCAACGGCAGAAACCUGAAUUUUAUUGCCAGGAACAUUACAAAGACCGAGCAUGCUGAGGAUUGUGUCUUGAAUUUCUUCCAAGUAUUGCUGCAGGACCAUAUUCUCCAGCCUCAAGUUGUCAAGUUGUUCGUCAGUGCUUCUCCGUGUCAACGAUGCAGCCAAAGGAUCAUCUCCUUCCUGUCCACCGCUUGGUGGUGCCACGGCAUAAAACUGGAGAUGGAAGUGGUGAUUUCAGCAUUCUAUCGGAUCAGACGACCCUCUUGUGAACAAAACCCAGUCUGCCGGGACCAUCUUCCUCCCUACGAGUGGCACCUGGCUCAGGUGGACGGGCUGAAGAGGUUGUACUGGACACCAGGGGUUUUCCUUCGCACUGUUGAACUCCGGGACUGGAUGAUUCUUGGAAAUGUUUUGGGCGUCCGGAAUAUGUGCUUCUGCAUUCGAAUAGAGGAAGACUUCUUACUAAAGAAGGAUUUCGAGCAAAUAAUGGAUUUUUCCUCCCUGACCCUCGGAGUCCCAGCAGAGAAUAAUCUUACAAACCCAUCAUGCCCGAAAGGAACAAUACCAGCGAUACAGCAACCCAAGACAGGACCUCCCCAAGAAGCACAAAGGAGCCACCAAGACGAGAAAAACAUAAAUAAAAACUUGAUAACAACAAAAGAACAUGAUGUGCAGACUGCCUCAAAGGAUCUGCUAUCUGGACAUCAAGAAACACAUCUUGUGCAGACGCCUAUGCAGACUGCUUCACAGGACCUGUCGUCUGGACAUGAAGAUUCAUAUCCUGUGCAGACUGUCUCACAAGACCUGACAUCUGGACAUCAAGAAACACAAAAGGUCACGUGUAAGGACUCGGGGACAACCAUGACGACAAACGAUACAGAGGCAGUGGAGGCAGGACAAGGAGAGACUGGUAGAGUUAGUGUUGAGAAGGGAAAUGUUGACAAGGGAACUCAGACUGAACCGUUGCAGAAUGACCAGCUCACUCCUGAGAAAGUCAAGGCUGACAAGGAGACUGAAACUGUUGAGAAGGAAAAACUUGAAAAAGAAACUCAAAGUGAACCGUUGCAGAGUUACAAAAUUACUGUUGAUAAAGAAAAGUUUGAAGUAGAACUGAUGGAACUAAAAUUACAAGUUGCCAGAAGACAGCAUGAACUUGAAGUGGAAAUACUUCAAAGCAAAAAGGAAUGUUCCAGAUUAAAACAAAUUAAACUCCAAUACGAAGUUCUUAAGUUGCAAAGACAACUUGGUAUGCCUGAGAAUACUAGGAUAACUGCUGAUGUCCCGUUUAAAGUGGAUGAUUAAUGUGGAUGGAGAUGUAGAGGGAUUUUUGUUAUAAUUUAAGUGAAUGCUUAAGUAGGGGUUGUAUAAUUAGUAUCAUAACCCAAAAUGUGGCGAUGAAUUUAGAAAGUGGGUAUUUUAACUUUAAAAAUUGCUGAAUAUAUUUCAAAAGGCACAAACUGCUGACUAGUUAUGCCUACAUUUUGUUGAUUACACAAUGUGGCUUAUAGAUUGCCACCCUGCUAUAAAAUAAACGGAUUGACAGUGAAUGUUUACUUUAUGCUUUACCUACCGAGGUGUUUAAACGAGGCUGCACGUGACAGUUAUUGUAGUUAUUGAUGUACCGAUCUUUAUUUACAUUUAUUUAUUGUUAUUGUUAUUUGUUUUGUAUUAAUGAUUUUAUGCAUACUUGUGUGUCUGGUUGCUUGCCGUCAACCAGUUUGUAACAUGACUAGUUCUAGUUACCCGUGUUGUAUUCUCGUCUUUCAAGUAUUUCUUGUUUACUAUGUAAUUGACUUUGAAGUUCUCUUAUUAAAAACGUCACAAAGUAAUGACUACAGCCUGACCCCAGCCUCUCGUCCACGAUUAUCAAAACCUCUUCUCUUCCACUCAACGCUCAGAAUCUACGAGCUCGUCCUCGCAUGUCGAUUAGAAGCUUGUAUGCUUGUCACAAAAAGUGUGCCAGUGUGUGUGUUUAUUCUUGGUUCCCGCUCAGCCACCAUCCACCCAGCCGGGUAUUUCCACCCGUGAAGACGUGGGUUGAUAAGGGAGGUAACGUCACACUCCAGCCCUGCGUUUCGCAACGUGGGCGCCCGCCUCGGUCACACUGUGUAAAAUCCAUAGUGAACACAUAGAGACACCUUCUAGAAACUCUAUUUAUUUUACCAAAUGAAGGGUUAGAAAAUAACAAAGCCAUAAAGAAAUUCAAGCUGUUAAUUAAAAAAAUCAAUAAUUAGAACAUUUUUCUGGUUCUACCUUUUAACUGUUGAUUUUAAAUUUCCUUUGGUUUAAGAAACCCCGUGUCUCUCUCUCUCAAACACACACAGAGAGAAACAAAGAAAAUGUUUGCAUAGUCGGUGCCUACAACCAUGGCAGCCAUCUUUGCGGAAAUGACGUACUACCUUUAAACACGGCUCGUGACACACACGCCGUGCCGGGCGCCCGCGUUGUGGAAGGCAGGGCAGGUGAGCGUCAGCCUCGAGACAUGUCGCCUCCCUGGCCUCAUUUUUUUUUUUUUUUUUUUUGAGUGGGUUUCUUGGUAAAGGAUGUCUGCGUUCUUAGAAAGUCCUGGAAAUCGAAAGACGGAAGUUGACAACCUCCUCUCUCUUUUUUUUUUUUUUUGUAAGUGUACUUGAUUUUGUCCUCUCACCUGGGGAUGCACUUGUCUGUACACUCGUGCUGUCCUGUCAGCUGGGAGUCAGGCUUCACUCGAGUUUAGUCCGCUGAGAGCUGUUGACCUUAUGAGGAAACUCUCGAAAUGAGCUAUCCUCCGGCAUUUUCAUCAAAGCCAGCCCAUCUGGACAAACUAAUCUAGUUAAUAAAUAUUAAUAAAAAAUCUCUUUCCUUUUUUUAAAGAGAUACAUUAUUUGUGCAAGACUGGUAGGCAAGGAGACAGGGUUAGUAGACAGUAACCGAGAAAGAUACAAACAUCUAAACUAAAACUUUGGCCAUGGAGGUUCUUAAACAUUUCACAAAUUGUUGGUCAUGGCCUUAUACUUCAUACGCUGUCACGUGCUAUACACAUGAGACCAGAAGUCAACAUCACAAGGCCAGGAACAGUCGGGGAAAACACGCAGAAGUCGCUGCCAUCAAACAUUUGGAAGACCUCCUGGCCAAGCAAAAGCUGGGUUCUCCUGUAAUCAAGAUAUACCUUAGCAAUUCUCCUUGUCACGAUUGCAGCACAAAAAUUUUAAAAUUUUUGGACACUACGAGGUCAAAGUACAGAAAAAACCUGAAGGUUGAACUCGUGUUCUCGAGUCUGUAUCGGGUGAGACUACCCUCCAAUGAAGAAAACCCACACUACCCAAGAUGCCUUCCAGACUUGAAGGAUCACGAGGCUCAAGUGAAGGGGUUAAAGAAGCUUCAUAGACACGGUGUUGUCCUGCGGACAUUCACCUCUCAAGACUGGCUGGACCUUGUGAUGACCCUGGACGUGGAUCAUUUUGACAUAAGCGGUCGGAAGAAAAAAGAUGAUUUACUUAGGAGUGACUUCAACAAAAUUAUGGAUCAUAACCCUACCUCUCUGGGACGUAAACAAAAUGGUAAAGCAGCAUCAUUUUCUCAAGAAACCUCACAGGCACUGAAACUGAAGACCGGACCUGUAGACACCAACAAGCCGGUCAGCAAGCAAGGCAACGCAAGUAUAGCCUCGAGCCCUGUGACACCACAGCUAGAACUUGUAGUCUCUAGCCCUGUGACAUCACAGCUAGAACAUAUAGUCUCUUGCCCUGUGACAUCACAGCUAGAACAUAUAGUCUCUACCCCUGUGACAUCACCACUAGAACGUAUAGUCUCUACCCCUGUGACAUCACCGCUACAACGUAUAGUCUCUACCCCAGUGACACCACAGCUAGAAUGUAUCGUCUCUAGCCCUGUGACACCACCGCUAGAACAUAUAGUCUCUAGCCAUGUAAUUUUACAGCUAGAAAGUUUGGAUUUGGCUGUAAAGAACACAUUUUCAAACUCUAAAGAAAAAUCAAAAGACCAGCGAGAUGCUGUGGUAGCCAAAUGUCAUCAAACAGAGACUGACAGAUGUAAUGAUGUCAUGACAGCAAAAGACAAGUGUCAUAGCAUGGUGACAACAAAAGACAAAAGUGAUAAUGAUGUGGUCACAAAAGACAAACGUGAUGAUGUUCUUGUAGCACAAUUCAGACGUGAUCAUAUGGGAAACGCAAAAGACAAAUACGAUGAAGGGAUGACAGUAAAAAACAAAUGUUGUGAUCUCAUGGCAGAAAAUGACAAAUGCAGUGAUGCUGUCGUGGACAAAGACAAAUGGGAUAAAGCCCUGAGAACACCAGACACGUGCACUGAUAUCACGACUGCUCAAGACACAUGGGAUAAUGUAAACAUAGUGAGAGGUAAACAUACUGAAGCGAUGACAGCUAAAGACACAAGUAAUGCAAAAGACGAUUGCGAUGAUGCUAUAGUAACAAAAGACAGUUGUGAUAUAGCAGCGAUAGCAAAAGAUAAAUGCGAUGAUUCGAGGACAUCAAUAAACAAAUCCGAUACCACGAUGAAAGACAAAUCUCAUGUAGUCAUGAGAGCAGGGGAAAAAUCCGAUGUCAUCACAGUAGAAGACAAACUGUCUGAUGUGUCGAUAAAUGAUAAAGAAAACUGCGAUGACCGGAUGACAGCCAACGACAACUGUAGCGGCACCGAGUCAGUGAAAGGAAAAUGUAAAACCGUGGCGACAGCAACAGACAAAGAGAUUGAAGAAAAGUGUGAAAGUGAAGGAAAUAACGGAUUGUCCACCGAGGAGAAAAUUCUCCAAAUGGAACUUGAACUCAUGGAGUUGAAAUUGCAAGCUGUGAGGAAACAGAGUGAAAUGGAGCGUCUAACAGCCAAAGCUGAAUAUUCAGCACUGAAACAUCUGAAACUGUAUUACGAGGUUCGCCAGCUGGAACGAGACCUGGGUGUGCCGGAGCAACUGGGUGUGAACAGCUUGAAAAGUACCCGAGUCCCAUACAAGGUACAGGAUUAGGUAUAUGUACUCAACCAUACGACUGUGGUUCGCUGGAUUACAGUUAAUUGACUUUAAAUGUACAUGUGAGAUGCAGACUUCUUUAUUUUGUUUUACCUCUCACUACUUCUGUCGUAUUUUUUUUUUUUUUUUUUUUUUUUGUUCAGUUUCUUCUUUUACUUAAAGCGCUAUGUUCUGUCAAAUAGAAAUGGAUCAUUGAAUGACAUUAAAGUCACAAUCAUGUAUUUCUAGUUCUGUUGUGUAUUCAUUAGCUGCAGGCUAUAUGGCUAUCAAUAUGUUGUAUGUUAUGUGUGUUGACAGAAUUGCGUCCUUUGGUCCUUCCGAAAUGAUGUCUUACUUUACGCUUUUCGUUUUAAUGGCUACAAAAUUAGGUGAAAAUGUCAGAAAGUCUUAGAUGCAAACAGCAUUUUAGGGCAGAUUCUAAACACAAUAUUCAUUAAUUUACCUAUAAAAUCAUAAUCUGUAUAUUUUACUUCCGUGAACGG